ACAUAUUCAAUUAACUUAUAAACAUGUCAGCUAACCGUCGAACAAACAGCUGUCCAGUUGAACGACGGAUACCCGACUCUUGUGAGGAUCGACCAAAGAGUGUUCUUGGAACCCACAAUAAAGAUGAUUGUAAAAACGAGGAUACCUUGUCUCUAGAUGUCACGGCUAAACCAAGUGAAAAUAAAGCUAAGGUUAAUCCCUGGCUAGAAUCGAAAUCCAAGGAUAAAGAGAAGACAAAUGUAUCUGGUGGUAGCAAGUUGUUCCGUCAUUUUCCGCAGCCGACGACACCCCCGGAAAGUUCCGGAAUGACGCGACCCCAGACGGAACCUGGUCGUAUGAGAACGCAGAUGUUCUCUGACAGUGCUAGAAAUUUACCUCGUUCAAGCGUGCACGGUGUGGCGAAGUCUACCGCUGACACUGGAAACGAGAGAGAUGAGCCGGAAGGAGGAUGGGUUAUGGUGGAUAAGUCACCAUCAGAAACGGUGAUGUCUUGUGAUCCUGACGAUGAAACAAACGUCAUUGUUCUUAGUCCUAACAAGGAAAUUGAAGAAACCAAGGAAAAGUCGGAGAAAGAAAAUUCGGAACGGACUAAAAAGUUGUUGUCGAACAAGUUCGGUUCAACAUUCAAAGUUUUACCAGAAACGCGCGACAAGACUACGUCUGCAGGCACUGGGAGAGAGUCAAGCAGACCCAGUGGAGGACUGAACAAGCUGAUGUCAGCGGUGGAAGCUGCUGACAGACCAGGAAAGGCGUCAAUAGGAAAUAUAAUAACAUUUGCUGCCACCAUUACCAAGUGGAAACAAAGUCGUGGUGCAAACGUCGGCUUUGGGAGUCUGGACCCUGAACAUCGGGAGUUAUUGGCCACUGAAUCAACCCAUCUGAAGACUGAGAUUCCCGAGGCUAUGAUGAGAACGAUAAAAGAGGAGGCAUUUAGGAUCGUCCUGAAAACUACGCAAGCGUACAGAUCGCAGAUUGGUAGCAAGCAUAAACUUACAAAAGAGGCCUUCGAAUAUCUUAAAGAUCUGAGAGAGGAAUUGAAAAGGCAAUAAUGAAAAUGAUUGUCGUGGUGUCGUU